GUGUCAGCGGCUCCCCGGACCGGGAUGGCGGAGGAGAAGAAGCUGAAGCUGAGCCACACGCUGCUGCCGGCCGAGUCCAUGAAGGUGAUGGCGGAGGCCGUGGGCAUCGCCCAGGUGCCCGAGGAGACCUCCCAGCUGCUGGCCGACGAGGUCAGCUACCGCAUCAAGGAGAUCGCCCAGGAUGCCCUGAAGUUCAUGCACAUGAGCAAACGCCGCAAGCUGACCACGGGCGACGUGGACUUCGCCUUGAAACUGAAAAACGUGGAGCCGCUCUAUGGCUUCCACGCCCAGGAGUUCAUCCCCUUCCGCUACGCCAGCGGGGGCGGGCGGGAGCUCUACUUCUACGAGGAGAAGGAAGUGGAUCUGAGCGACAUCAUUAACACGCCGCUGCCCCGCGUCCCGCUGGACGUCUGCCUCAAAGCUCACUGGCUCAGCAUCGAAGGCACCCAGCCUGCCAUCCCCGAGAACCCGCCCCCAGCCCCCAAGGAGCAGCAGAAAGCGGAGGCUACAGAGCCGCUGAAAUCCACAAAGCCCGGGCAGGAGGAGAACGGCCCCCUCAAGGGCCAGGGGCAGAGCGCAGCCACCCCGGAUGGCAAAGGGAAGGAGAAGAAGGCCCCCGUGCUGGAGGGGGCCCCGCUGAAGCUGAAGCCGCGCAGUAUCCAUGAGCUGUCGGUGGAGCAGCAGCUGUACUACAAGGAGAUCACUGAGGCCUGCGUGGGCUCCUGCGAGGCCAAGAGAGCCGAGGCCCUGCAGAGCAUCGCCACCGACCCCGGGCUCUACCAGAUGUUACCUCGUUUCAGCACCUUCAUCUCCGAAGGGGUGCGUGUGAACGUGGUGCAGAAUAACCUGGCGCUGCUCAUCUACCUGAUGCGGAUGGUGAAGGCGCUGAUGGACAACCCCACCCUGUACCUGGAGAAAUACCUGCACGAGCUGAUCCCGGCCGUGAUGACCUGUAUCGUGAGCCGGCAGCUCUGCCUGCGGCCGGACGUGGACAAUCACUGGGCCCUGCGGGACUUCGCUGCCCGCCUCAUCGCCCAGAUCUGUAAGAACUUCAGCACCACCACCAACAACAUCCAGUCCCGCAUCACCAAGACCUUCACCAAGAGCUGGGUGGACGAGAAGACGCCCUGGACCACGCGGUACGGCUCCAUCGCUGGGCUGGCCGAGCUGGGUCACGACGUGAUCAAGACCCUGAUCCUGCCGCGGCUGCAGGUGGAGGGCGAGCGGGUGCGCGCCAUCGUGGAGGGGCCGGUUGUCAGCAACAUCGACAAGAUUGGGGCCGACCAUGUCCAGAGUCUGCUGCUGAAGCACUGUGCCCCGGUGCUGGCCAAGAUCCGCCCGCCGCCCGACAACCAGGACUCGUACAAGGCCGACUUCGGGUCUCUGGGCUCCCUGCUCUGCACCCACGUGGUGAAAGCCCGGGCGCAGGCCGCGAUGCAAGCCCAGCAGGUCAACCGCACCACCCUCACCAUCACCCAGCCCCGCCCGACGCUGACCCUGUCCCAGGCCCCCCAGGGUCCCCCGCGGGCCCCGAGCAUCAUCAAAGUGCCCAGCUCCAUCACGCUGCCCGUGCAGACCCUGGUGUCCGGCCGCCCCUCCACCCCCACCCAGCCCUCCCCGCCUCCCACCAAGUACAUUGUCAUGUCCUCCGCCUCCGGCAGCAGCGCCUCCCAGCAGGUGAUCACCUUCAGCAGCAGCCCGCUGGGCACGGCCAGCUCCCCCAUCAGCACCACGGCGGCCGGGGUGCAGCCCGUGGUGAAGCUGGUCUCCACGGCCCAGACAGCGCCCAGCGCCACGGUGACGGGCAACCUGCAGAAGUACAUCGUGGUCUCGCUGCCGCCCCCGGGCGAGGGGGGCAAAGCGGGGGGUCCCCCCGGGGCCCAGCUCUCCCCCUCGGCCCCGCCGGGCCUGGCGCUGCCCGGCCUGGCCCCCGCCAGCAACCCCACCAUCAAGCAGGAGCCUGGCGACAGCCCUCAAGCCCCCCCUGGCACCCCCAGCCCCUUUGGCAAGGCCAACGGGGCACAGGGGGGCGUGGCUGGGUCACCCCAGCCCUCCCAGUGACCUGGGCCACAGCGACCCCCCCUUCCCCCAUGGUGUCCCCGGGGCUGGGGUCGGUGAUGGGGGGGAUCUGACCCCAGGCCCCCCCCCCGGCGUGUGGGGGGUGGCUGCACUGGCAGCAAAGGCCAGCGGGGGGCGCCAGAGGCUAACGGAUCCACGCUCACCUGCAGUGCCCGCCUGGCUGGAGUGGGGGGGUGACAAGGGGGCUGCCCCCCCGUGUACAUAGCUGUGAAUACCGUGCUGUAAACCUGCUAACUCCCAAUAAACCAGCCCUGCCUUCA